GUCAUGUCCUCGUGACGUUGGAGUCAUAAGAACUUCUCCAUUUUCUUCCCUACGAGUGUAGCCAGAAGCACCAUUUUAGGCAGCCGGAUCGCGAAGGAAUCUUGGCUCUCAAAUUUUAGAAUAUUUCUGGGAAGGAUUUAAUAUAGGGUAGUUUGCUUUAGAGUUUCUUCAAACACCACGUACGUAGGAUAGGAAGCUAGCAUAUGGUAAACGGUAUUUGAUCAGAAGGAUACAACAAGGACAUCCAUACGAAGCUCCCGUGCUGCUAAAGCUAACCGUAGCUAGCUUUGAGGCAUUUCUCGACCAACACAGCAUCCGCUGAGCCUGCAAUCAAAAUCUUUGAAAAUGAGCGCAGCUGCCUCCCAAAAAGUUGUCCUGAAAAGCACCACCAAAGUGUCCCUGAAUGAGCGCUUCACUAACAUGCUGAAGAACAAGCAGCCCACUGCGGUAAGCAUUCGAGCCACCAUGCAACAGCAGCAUUUGGCUAGUGCCCGCAAUCGUCGGCUGGCCCAGCAGAUGGAGAACCGACCUUCAGUGCAAGCUGCUUUGAAUCACAAGCAGAGCCUGAAGCAGCGACUGGGGAAGAGCAACAUCCAAGCCCGGCUGGGCCGGCCCGUUGGGGCUCUGAUGCGUGGAGGACCUGCUGGAGGCAGAGGAGGAAUGCGGGGGAUGAACCGGGGAGGCCUUCGGGGGCGAGGCAGAGGAGGAAUAAUGAGGGGAGCUCUGUCUCUGAGAGGGAAGAGAGUUUCUACAGGUGGGCCCAUGCGAGGCCGUGGCGCCGCUGGUCGUAUGGCAAUGCGCAGAGGAGGCCGCCAACGUGGUGCAGCUCCUGGAAGAGGAGGAGCUCUGUCCCGAGGAGCAGCUCGAGGAGUACCCAGAGGCCGCGGAGGACUGCGGGGGCGUGGUGGUUUUACCGGGCGAGGUGGACGUGGGCGUGGCCGAGGUGUCGGUAGACCAACUGUUACCCGUGAACAGCUGGACAACCAGCUGGACGCCUACAUGUCAAAAACUAAGGGGCACCUGGAUGCAGAACUAGAUGCCUACAUGGCACAGGCAGACCCCGACGGUAUGGAGUGAAGGACUGUGGACUGAGCACACAUAGAGGCACUGAAGUCAGAUGAACAGUAUAGCGUUCAUGUGCUGAGAAAUGAUUGUUAAUUUAGUUGAGCGGUGACACUUCAGGACUCUGCUUUGAAAACAGCAAAUCAAUGUGUCACCCAGUCGUGCAUCAACCUGCUCGUGCAGAGCCCCUUUUAAUUCUGGAGUAACUCUGAAGGGACCUUUUUAUGCAUUAACAAACCCUGCUGUUUAUAGACUUCUGUGUGUCCAUGAAAUGUUUUAUUAUUAUUAUUAUUAUUAUUAAUAGUUCCCCCUCCCCAAUUGUUGUCACUGACUUAACUUUUUUUUUUUUUUUUUUUUUUUUAAGGGACUAAAUUCCAAAAUCAUACAUUUGUUGGAACUAGUUUUAAAUGAUUUUUGACACUUUUUUUUUUUCUCGUUUGUAUUUAAACAGGUAGUCCUCUGAGUCUUUUUAUUUGCCUGAAGUCAAAUGUUUUAGGUAAAAUGUUUGAAUUAAAGUGGAAACAAUUUCCUUAAUUGUGUCGGUUGUGUGAGUUUUAAAUAUGCAUGAGUAGGAUGUGGUCAUCCACUCAGACACAUGUAGCCUUUAUCAAAUUGGCUGUGUUUGAGUUUGUUCAGUUGAACAAAACCUUUGGAAAAAAGUAUUUAUACAUGAUUUACAUCACGCAGGUUAUGACAAAGUCAGUCAAGUAUAUUCCUUUUCUCCAAUUCUGCUAAAAUAAGAUGUUAAUUUGCUGGAUAAAAAGUGAUAACAGGAGCUUUAAACUGGGCCUUUCAUCAGUCACUUUGUGUGGCUCCUUGAGUUACAGUGAUGUAUGUUUGUUUCAGCCCUGAGUCAUUGUCUGUACAGGAGAUCUCAGACUGAAGUAAACCCUCACAUAUUUUUGCUCUGCAGAUUGUUAAACUGACCGAUUUCAUACACUAAACUUGACUGGGUUUUCAUUUUUUUUAAAAAGCCACUAUUCCUUCAUUUACUUCAUUUUAUGGAUAACCUUGUUUCACUCUGACAAUAUAAAAAGUUUUAUACUA